AUGCAGUUGAGUCAGAAAAUAAGAAGAAGAAAAAAGCCUGCAGGUGUUCCUCCCAUCGACUAUCUCGUGGAAAAUGUUCCAUGGUUCAACAGUGUUGCCAUCACCGUCCUUCUCGUCAUUUUCACAACAACAAAGCGGGGUAGUAGCUCCGUUAGAGCGAUGUAUCGCGCCACACGCAACCAGCAUCUAGGGAACAGCUCUCGCAUUAUCAACGCCGCUGCCAUGGCCCAACCUGCGCAGCCCGAAACGAAGCUCCUCUGGAACCCAGAGAAUGUCAAGGAUGUCGCCGAGUCCGUUGGCAUUUCUUCUCUGAACGAAGAUGCUCUUCGCGUUCUGACGCAAGAUGCCGAGUACCGCAUCGGCCAGGUUGUGAUUGAGGCCCUCCGCUUCAUGCGCGCGGCGCGUCGCACAACCCUUACUGUCGGCGAUAUAGCACAAGCCCUUCGCGUUCUCGAUGUCGAACCCCUCUACGGAUAUGAAUCAACGCGCCCGCUACGCUAUGGAGAGGCAAGCCUCGGUCCCGGCCAGCCACUUUACUACUUGGAGGAUGAGGAGGUCGACUUCGAAAAGCUGAUCAACGCGCCCCUGCCCAAGGUGCCGCGCGACAUGAGUUUCACUGCCCACUGGCUCGCCAUUGAGGGUGUUCAACCGUCCAUCCCCCAAAACCCCACGCACCGCCGAGUCCCGAAGCCAGGAGUUGCUACCGAAAGGGCUCUCAUCGAGAACACAAACCUGUUCCUCGACCCGUACGCCAACGCCAUCGCCGCGCCCGUCCUCACCUGCCUGCUCGGCCGCAAGCUGGGCGCCGACGACGCCACGAAGGACCAGUACGAGCUGCGCGAGUUUUCGGCCUCGCUGCUCGGCAAGAUUGCCCUGCGCUACGCCGCCUCCAACCAUCUCCUCCGCCCCAAGCUCGUCCGCACGUGUCUCAAGUUCUUCAUGGACCCGGACAAGCUGCCGGCUGCGCACUACGGCGCCAUCACAGGGCUCGCGGCGGCCGGAGGGCCCGAGGCCGUGCGCGUGCUCGUGCUCAAGUACCUCAGGGCGGCCCGGGCGAACGGCGUCAACGGUGGGCCGGCGGCAACGCAGACGGCCGAGCUGAAGGAAUUCAUCGGGCCCAUCCUCGGCGAAAGGAUCGCCGGCUUGGGGAACAAGAGGCUCGUGGAGCAGGUGCUUGAGGCGCGGACGAUCCAGUAG